AUGAAAGAAGCUAUCGAAAUUCAACCGAUGACCUUUCAUCCAGAAGUCUUGGCCAGGAUAGCGCCCGAUCUAUCCAUGCAAAGACAUCUGUCGUUGGGACUAAGACCUAGUUUGAGAGCGCUGGAAGAGUUCAGAAAUGUGGAGAUCAGCGACGGACAACUGUCAUGCGGAUCUCAGAACUCAGUGAACCGCACUGGGAACAAUAUUCUGGGGUCUAACGUUUUGAAAAGUGGGAAAACGAUGGUCAUAACGUCAAUAACUGGAGGAGUCGUGGAAGAAAACAUGUCGGUGCACAACCCGGACGAGGAAGAGAGCCCAGAACUAGAACAAGCGGUAGGAGCAGGCGGCGUAGAAGACCACGGGUGUGUGUAUCCAGUAGUGGAAGUGGAGCGGGGCCGGGUUGGAGCGCCUACCGACGAAGAAAUGAAUCUUUCCCAGCGUAUCUAUAACAGCGUGCUACACACCGGUUUGAUCUCAAAAAAAGCACUCGAGGUCUCCGUUGGUGUCCGUUCUACAAACUCAGAUGGACAAUCCAGUGUGUUAUACCCAGACGCAGACCCUUCCAACGCACUUGCCCAAAAUUUCAAACCCAGGAGAAAAUGGUCGUACGUUCUCUACGCCAAAAUCCAGGUUUUCAGUCGGGAUGGUCCCCUAUUCGAGCUCUGCUGGAAUUCUCUACUCUACGCAUUAGCCAAUACACAGCUACCUAGAGCUUUUGUUGAUGAGCGCACUACCGAUCUCAAAAUACCGGUGAGUAUGAGAGGACGCAGCGCAGCGAUUAGAGAAACAUUCGAUAUCCUUUGUGACCCUAACGAAUUUCAGCCUUUGAUGCUAAGCAAAGAUAGAUUAGCCUUUGCUUCAAAUUUUGCCGUGGUUGACAUAGAUCCAGAAGCACAACUACCUAAAGAUGAUGAUGACAUGCAAGUCGACUCGCCCAAAUCUGUCCUUUUGGCUGAUAUUCAGGGUGAAGCCGAAGAAGCCUCUGUGUUUUCCACGCUAUCUGCCGUGACUGACGCAAAAGGAAAUUUGAAGCACUUCAAGGCCGUCGGCGGCGGAUCCAAGAUUACUAUGGAAAUGAUCAAGAGAUCCAUAGCAUUGGCCAAGCUUCGGGCGUCUGACUUAAACAAAAAGCUGUGA